AUGCAUGACUAUGAAUUGAAUGUCAUGAGGUGUCUGCUGAUUUCUGUCCAAGGGAAAUAUAGUGGUGUUUUUUCAGGCUAUUGCAGCCUCAUCUUAUCUGCAACUAUUUGCUUUCUUGUGUUUACAGCCUUUGAGUAUGGCUUCUUGCUACAAAUAAAUGAGAAAGCAGCACUUGAAGCUGCACUGAAUGACUACCUAACCACUCGCAGUUACCUGGCUGGUUUUAGCCCUUCUCAGGCUGACCAGACAGCCUUUAAGCGUCUCUACAGACCCCCAGAUCCACAACAUGUCCACGCUCUGCGUUGGCACAGACAUAUAACAGCCCUGCAGCAGGACCUGAGCCCACAAAGCAGCAGUAAAGGAAAGAGGGUCCAGCCUCAAUGGUCUCCACCAGCUGGAUCGGAUGUUCCUCAACUUCACCUCUACAACAGCCUCACCAGAGCAAAGGAGCCAUUUGUUCCCCAGAAUGGGAAAAAGGUCAAGUGGUACAGCUGUGGGCCAACUGUGUAUGAUGCCUCCCACAUGGGACAUGCCAGAUCAUACAUCUCUUUCGAUAUUCUGCGGAGGAUUCUCAGUGACUACUUCAUGUAUGAUGUCUUCUACUGCAUGAACAUCACAGACAUCGAUGACAAAAUUAUUAAACGGGCACGUCAGAAUUAUCUUUUGGACCAGUACAAAGAAAAGCAGCCGCAACCUGCCCAAAUACUGCAGGAUGUGCUGAUUGCCCGAGUGCCAUUUCAGGCCCGUUUACUCUCGACUACUGAUCCAGAUAAGAAGCAAAUGCUACAAAGGCUUGAUGCUGCCAUCACUGCCGCUCUGCAGCCCCUGCAGGCGGCGAUGGAGAACAAAGCAGCAGAGGAAGUGGUGCAACCUCUGGCCCAAACACUUCUAGAUACUUCCAAGGACUUGCUGUCUGACUGGUUGGACAGCCAGUUUGGAAGUGAAGUAAAAGACAAUUCGAUCUUCUCAAUUCUGCCUACAUUUUGGGAGGGAGAGUACCACAAAGAUAUGAAGGCCUUGAAUGUGCUUCCUCCUGAUGUCCUUACUCGUGUCAGUGAAUAUGUGCCUGAGAUUGUGGAGUUUGUAAAGAAGAUUGUCUCAAAUGGCUACGGGUAUGAAUCAAAUGGCUCAGUUUAUUUUAACACCGCAAAGUUUGAUGCAAGUCCACAGCACUCGUAUGCCAAGCUGGUACCGGAGGCAGUUGGAGAUCAGAAAGCCUUGCAAGAAGGAGAAGGUGACCUCAGUAUUUCUGCUGACAGAUUGAGUGAGAAAAAGUCACCUAAUGACUUUGCCUUAUGGAAAGCAUCAAAGCCUGGAGAGCCUUCAUGGGAUUCUCCAUGGGGAAAGGGAAGGCCUGGCUGGCAUAUUGAAUGCUCUGCAAUGGCUGGUUCCAUUUUAGGAGAAUCAAUGGACAUUCAUGGUGGGGGGUGUGAUCUCAGAUUUCCCCAUCAUGACAACGAGUUGGCUCAGUCAGAGGCUUUCUUUGAGAAUGACUACUGGGUCCGCUACUUUCUGCACACCGGUCACUUGACAAUUGCAGGAUGCAAGAUGUCUAAAUCUCUGAAGAACUUUAUUACCAUUAAGGAGGCCUUGACAAAAAAUACAGCACGCCAGCUCCGUCUCGCUUUCUUAAUGCAUUCGUGGAAAGAUACCCUUGAUUACUCUCCCAACACGAUGGAGUCGGCAAUCCAGUGCGAGAAGUUUCUGAAUGAAUUCUUCUUGAAUGUGAAGGACAUUUUGCGUGCUCCUACAGACAUCACAAGCCAGUUUGAGAAGUGGGAGGCAGCAGAGGUAGAUCUUAACGACAGUUUCUACAUCAAGAAGUCGGCCAUCCAUAAGGCUCUGUGUGACAACAUUGAUACCCGCACAGCCAUGGAGGAGAUGAGGCAGCUGGUUGGUCAGUGCAACAGCUACACCGCCAGCAAAAAAAAUGCCAAGCUUAGACCCAACCGGAUGCUGAUGGAAAGUAUUGCUGUGUAUCUGACCAACAUACUAAAGAUAUUCGGUGCUAUUGAGGGAUCAGAGCCUAUAGGGUUCCCAGUGGGAGGACAAGGACAGAAUGUUGAACUGGAGAGCGUAGUUAUGCCUUACCUCACAGUCCUCUCUGAGUUCAGAGAGGAAGUGCGAAAAAUUGCCAAACAGCAGAAGGUGAUGGAGUUGCUUGAACUCUGUGACAGUGUUCGUGAUGAUACAUUACCAGAGCUAGGUGUCCGACUGGAAGAUCAUGAGGGACUGGCGACAGUGGUGAAACUGGUGGAUAAGGAGACAUUAAUGAAGGAAAAGGAUGAGAAGAAGAAGCUGGAUGGCGAGAAGCAAAAGAAAAAAGCGGAGGCUGCCAAAAAGAAAGAAGAACAGGAGAUGGCAAAGCUUGAAAAAAUGAAGAUCCCUUCUGGCAAAAUGUUUCUCUCAGAAAAGGACAAAUACUCCAAAUUUGAUGAAACGGGUUUCCCCACUCAUGAUGCCGAAGGAAAGGAGCUCAGCAAAGGACAAGCAAAAAAGUUGCGCAAGCUUUUUGAUGCACAAGAGAAGUUACACAAUGAGUAUCUUAUUAGCAAAAAUGGCAACUAAACCUGACCCUCCAGUCAAAGCUUGCAUUCUUACUUAUGGUUGCCCCAACGGACAACUCAAUGUUUUUUGCCAUGUUUUUAUUACCGCUCUAUGACAAGCUAUUGUACAAGGAAACCCGUUUAUGUCGACAAGUCCUGGUUCACCGUGUUAUUCAUUACUAAAAAGUACCCACUUUU